ACUGCUCUUGUUCCCGAUCUCGCUCAUUCCGCUGUCGCUCCGGGAACACAAAGGAGUAGCGUUUCCGGGGAAGAGACUCCGCAAUGUGAGUACUGCCGCAGAGAUCAUGAGCAGCAUCGCUUGUUCUUGGCGGCCAAAGAGAAUGUACAAGUAUCGUUAAAACUGAACUCACACAAAAUGCUACAAGUUCACGGAGGAUUUGUAUCGAUCGUCCAGUUUUGUCAUGCGAUUCUGAUUUAAUUCUCUAAUAAUGCACUGCAUUUAACGAUUUUACCCUCUCCCAUAAUUUUGGUCAUUUUUGUCUGUGGGGUUGCUUCCUGUCAGUCCCGUACUGUAGCUUAACAUUCACAUGUCUCUCGAUCGAUUAACCUGUUCUCGUUCCUGCCUCUGGCUCUGUGCCUGUGAGGGGGAAUAAGAUGAUCCAAACCUCGGGCAUCGCAACGUCAUUUUUUCUGCAGGGAGAAAAUCUCGAAGACUCAUCACGGAUCUCUCCUCGAUUACGCAUCUGCGUUCGAUGGAGACGGCGACGACGAAGACAACGCGCUGUCACGCCUCGUGCCCGGCUUGGCUUCGAGCGGCUCUUGCAGAUAUAGAGAACAGAGUGCAAUCACUGGCGGUGAGCUUGCCGGACGACUCGGAGUCAGACUCGUUCGCUGAGCGGGCGGAGAACUACUACCAGAAGCGACCCCAGUUGGUGGCUCUGCUCCAUGACCUCCACCACCGCUACCUCUACCUCGCCGACCGCUACUCUCAGUCCCUCCACCGACACUGCCGCCGCGCCUCUUCCGUCUCCUCCGACAUCGAUGUCGAAGCUGACUCCGCCUCCUCCGACGCCGAUAGCACUCUCUCCUUUCAAUCUCUACCCGUUCAUCCGCUCCGUGACCCGCCCGCCGCCUUCGCCAUCGCCAAUGCCGCUUCCGACCUCGACAUGAUCGUGGUGGAGCUGGUGCUCGCGUCGGUGGAGCGGGACCUGCUGGAGUCGGAGGAGGUGGAGGCCGAUAGGCGGUUGGCGGAGUCGUCGCGCAAGAUCGAGAUUCAGGGGAGUCUGGUGGAGGUGCUGGAGGCGGAGCGGAUGGUUCUGCUAGGCGAGAACGCGCGGCUGGGAUUCCUGGCUGCGUCGGCGGAAGAGAAGGCUCGGGCCGUUGCAGCGGAGCUGGGUUACAUGCGGCGGCGCGCGGCGGAUCUGGCCAGGGUGGUGGUGAAGCUGCGGGAGGAUCACCGGGUGUGCCUGCUGGGGCGAAAGAUCGAGGGGCUCCAGGCGCAGAUCUACGGCCUGGAGCGGCGGAACCGGGAGUACCUCGAGGUGAUGGCGCGGCGGGAAAAGGAGAAGAGGGAGGCGCAGUCGGAGGCGGACCUGCUACGGGAGGAGAACCGCCGGCUGAGGGAGGAGGCCGAGGCGGCGGCGCGAGGCACGCGGCGGAGGAGCUGGUGGGACAGGGUACGAAAGCUCGAGUGGGCCCCAUCUCCGUAUGCGGUGCACGUGAAGGAAGCGAAAGCGCCAAAAGGCUGCUUCUUAUAACGAAACAGUGUCCUCUCAUAUAUCGGACACUGCGAUGACUGCCUUCUCUAUUUACUUCCUAGUCCUUUUUAUUCUCUUAUUUGUUAACUGGUUGAAUAGUUAAGUAAUUAGGCUGUAAAUAAUUUAUAAUGCCAUGGUAAUGCAUUUCUGUUAUUUUAA